UCUAACCAGCUGACAUUGAUAAGAAAGUGUUCCUGUUCAUUAUGUUUGAUACGUACCUGUGUGACAAAACAAAGGCAUGUGCGCGACCCAGAAGGCGGGGAGGCUGGUCACCUGUGGUAGUGCUGGGUCUCCUGUGCUGGGCUCUACUUCCUGGUGACGUGAGAAGUGAUACUGUAACCACGACAACACAAAGUGCCAACAACUCGGCAAUUCACGACCAUUACCGAUGUAUGUACUGUCGUAGUGCUGAACAUAUAAUAGAUUGCCUUGAGGUGGUCACAUGCGCGCCACACGAGGUAUGCUAUAUCGAAAAAGAGAUGUUGCGAUCUGGUUGGCCAGUCAUCAAUGCAGGAUGUCGAUCACGUCAUACGUGUAACCAGAUGACGUGUUUCGGGGAGUCCAUGCACGGAUACAAUAGUCAUGUGAAAAAGCGUUCCACAUUAUCCUGUCAUCAUUGUUGUGAGGGAGAGUUCUGCAAUUUGUAUGGCUGCCCUGAUAGCGAGGACAUGAUGGUGUUACCUUCUACUCGAUGCCUUGCCUGUGAUGCCGUAAAGGAUCCCAUCUAUUGUGACAAAUUGAUUAAUUGUCCAUACUCACAGCAAUGCGUAGCGUAUGGGGUAUUUCAUGCUGGAGGCCUCCGAUUUGAACUAGGAUGCGAGGAGACGACGUAUUGCAAUGCUUUUAAAAACAACAGUAAAGGGAAACGUGACGUCACUCACCAUGUAGGUGAGAUCGAUCUGGCCUCGACCUGCUGCGACACACAUUUAUGUAACCGCAAUUGGCCAGUAGUAGAUCAACCACUACCCAAAGUCAUAUCUGGGUUUACCUGUCAUCAUCCGACAGUACCGUCUACCACACCUUCCAACUCAUCUUCAACAAGCACAGCGGCACCGCUUCCAUCGUCCAACCCGUCCUCACAGACCUCACACACUACACAGUCGAUGCCUAGCCAUUCGCUGACAUUGUCAACACUAAUGACACAGACCACUUUGGAACCGUUUAAGACAACGAGCACAUCUAUACCGAUUACUUCAUCUGCUAAUAUAACCAUACCAACGUCAGAAAACUGCAAAGACCGUGGUGCUGAGAACGUCUGUGACUAUCUAAACCAAACUAACCAUCUGUGUGACGCUAUAACACUGACAUCAGUGUAUUACUGUGUCAAGUACUGUGGAUUCUGCACCCCGUUACCUACCCACCCAGGACCACAAGGGCAGACAACUGCCACACCGGGAACUGUCAGCACAUCAGGAACUGUCAGCACACCAGGAACUGUCAGCACACCAGCACCAACUACGAUCACGCCCGUGCUUCAACCACAGGAUGGAAUAGUGCCAGUGUUAGUAGGAAAACGAAACAGCGACUUAGCUAUUGAUGACACUGAAGGCCGAGGACGACAGCCAAUACACUAAAAUGGGCGUCACACAUCUACUACGCAAUACUCUGUCACUAAUUCUGAAGUUCUGUUAUUAAGUUCGAAAAUAAAGAAAUUAUUUUAUCGAAACUGUA